CUGAACACAUUCAUUCUGAAAAAAUAAAUUUUUUCGUCUCGUUUAUUAUCAAAAAAAAUUAUUAUCAAGCAAGAUUAAAAAAGUUUUAAAGGUAUAUAUAUCAUUAUUGUGAAAGUUGCGCUAUUCAGCUUCUGAAAUUCACGAAAUUUUAUUGGAAAUUUUGCUAUACGCAGGAAAUUACAUUCAAAUUGUUAUCAGCUUAUCAAAGUUCUUUUAUGAAUUUAGAAGGCAUUCUUUUAAAAGAAGUAUCUGAUCAGAUCCAACCGAUAUUCAUUUGUCCAUCAAAUCGGAAUUCUUCUUCAAAGUGCAUGAUUUCAUAUUCUCUAAAUCAGUUGAGUCAUAGGACUUCAAAAUUUUCAAGCAAUAGACAUCGAAAGUUGCAGCCAUUUAGAAAAACGUGAAUCUCUAACGAAGGAAAUACACCAAAAAACAAUUAAAAAGAAAAAAAAACUCCAGUUAAAAAAAAGAAAAUUUGGAGCCUUCAAAUUAAAUUUGAAACUUUCCUCCAUCCUGUGUUAGCUUAAUUUAAUUAUAAUUCAUUUAUUUUUUCGGCAUUUUUCAACUUCAUUCGAAUUUUAUUUUAUUUUGAGUUAAAAAAAGCAAAUUACCACGUUUUUGCCCACAAAUGGUUUUUGUCAAUUAUCGGAAUCAAUCAAAAACGACGACUCAGCAAAGCAGUAGGUUCGAUCUAAAGAUUCUAACAUUCCGCUAAAUUGUCAUCCCCUAAAAUCUACUUCGGCAAUCGACCCGUAAUUUAUUUUUCAUUUAAAACAACACCAACAAAUUAUCAACAUUGCUCCACAUCAAAAAAAAACAAGAUAGGAAGAAGGAAAGAAUUUCUUAAAUAUUUAUGCUUAAAGCAAAACAAAAUAAGAAACACCAGAAAGUGAAUGAUUUGACAUCUUUGAUUUCACGAUUUUAAUGCUUGAAUCGUUUGUUAAAAAACCAUCACGUGUGAAUUAAAGAAUCCUAACUUACGAAAGAAUUAAACCACAAGAAAGCGAACAUCACUCAAUAAAAAAGAAAGGAGAAGCACCAAAUCAAUUAUGGGAACUUUAAAUGUCAAUCGUAAAGUCACUGACUUGUAUUAUCGUUAUAAGAUGCCACGCAUUUGCGCGAAGGUUGAAGGCAAAGGAAAUGGGAUUAAAACGGUGAUUGUCAACAUGGCUGAUGUCGCUAAAGCUUUGAAUCGUCCAGCGACGUAUCCGACGAAAUAUUUCGGGUGUGAACUUGGAGCACAAACCCAAUUUGAUCAUAAAAAUGAACGUUUCAUUGUCAACGGAUCGCAUGAUGCUGGAAAGUUGCAAGAUUUACUCGAUGGCUUCAUUCGCAAGUAUGUCUUGUGUCCCGAAUGCGACAAUCCUGAAACGGAUUUGUUGAUUUCGGCAAAGAAGGAAAUCAUCUCGCAGACAUGCAAAGCUUGCGGAUAUCAUGGAUUGUUAGCUGUUCAACAUAAGUUGAACACUUUCAUCUUGAAGAAUCCACCGAAUAUCAAUCCAGCAUCUCAAGGUGCUUCAUUGACUGAAGGAAAACGUUCGAAACGAUCAAAUAAGAAAGUUGAUGGCGAUUCAACAACAAAUGGCGAUCAAUCGAACGAUUCAAAUGAUUUUGAGACAAGCAAGUUGUCGGUCACUAAUAGUAACGAAGAUGAAGAAGACGAUGCAAAUUGGACAGUUGAUGUCAGUGAAGAAGCUGUUCGUGCUCGUAUGGAGGACUUGACUGAUGGUGCCAAGAACAUCACGAUUUCUGAAGACACGGAAAAGACGGAAAAGCAACGAAUUGACAUUUAUUACGAAUAUGUUAAGAAGCGUCGUGAUGCUGGUGAAUUGGAGAAGGUCCAGACACAGAAGGAGUUGCAUAACGAAGCUAAUCGCUUGGAAAUUCAUCAGAAGGCUCCUUUGAUCCUCGCUGAACUUCUUUUCUCAGCAAAUAUUCCAGCCGAGGUCAAGAAACAUCGCAAUUUGCUUUUGCGCUUCACUCAUGACGACACAAAAGCUCAGAAAUAUUUGCUUGGUGGUGUUGAGCAGAUCAUCGCUUUGCACGCUGCAAAGUUGAUGGAAAAGGUUGCUGGAAUCUUGAAGAUGUUCUAUGAUUUAGAUUUGUUGGAAGAGAAAGUUUUGCUUGAAUGGGGAUCAAAGGUUAGCAAGAAGUACGUGUCGAAGGAAGUUGCUGCACAAAUUCAUGAAAAAGCUGCGCCAUUCAUCAAAUGGUUGCAAGAAGCUGAAGAAGAAUCUGAAGAUUCAGAAGAUGAUGAAGUGGAAAUUGGCUUCGACGACCGUGCAAAAGUGGAUUCUUUGAAGAACAAUGUGGUGAAACCGCCAGCGACUAAAACCACCAACAAAGUCGCUGAUGACGAUGAUGAUGAAGAGCUUGACAUUGAUAAUAUUUAAACUCAUAUUUUGUUUGAUUUUUUUUUCUACUUUCCUUUAUUUUAUGCGAAACUGCAAAUUUUGCUUUCGCUUGGGUCAAUUUUUCUCUAAUUAACAAAUCAAAUUCUUCUUUCUAUUAGUUGAAAAAACAUUUCUGCUAUUACAAUCAAUGCUUUAAACUUGUUUAAUUACUCUUUUGAUUUUGCUUUUGCUCAGUUUCUUAUUUUUGGUUGAUGAUUUAAGAUUUUUGAACUAUCGUCAAUUGAUAUUUUUUUAAAUAAAAAAUAAACAAAACAAUCUGAUGAAUAUGAGAGAAAUCUGGAAAUAAAGAAAAAUGAUAUUUGGAAAACUUAUUUAA